AUGGCGAAGAAAAACAAAGACGAAACCCCCAAUCCCACCAGCAUCUCGAACAGGGACAUCAUCCAAAGACUCAAUUUCCUCUACCAAGCCAGCACAUACCUCAACAACAUCUCCCUCCCCCCCAACCCCGAUCCCGACCCCGAGUCUUUACCCAGCACCGGCACCGCAUCCGCCACAACCGACAAGGCUCGCAAAUCGCGGAAGGAGGGAAAGAACGAUGGGAGGGGCGGGAGGAGGGUGGUGACGCGCUCGGAGCUGUCGAGGGCUUAUGUCGAGUCGAUGAGGACGGUGGGGCAGAAGACGAUUGUGAAAAUGGAUCCUUCUGUCAAGCGCACGGUGUGCAGGGGAUGCCAUAUCGUACUCCUUCCUGGUCUGACCUCUAAAGUGCGUGUUAAAGCAUCCCGCUCGCAUGGCCACAUAGUCACUUACAUCUGCACGGAAUGCAAGACAUCCCGACGUAUACCCGCCCCCCCUACUCUACUCUCGCCAGUCGAAGGCAGUAAAGAAGCACCGGUCAUCCCUCAGGAGGCACACGCGGCACACGCGGCACCCGAACAUGUCCAGCUAGGACAAACCAUGGAUAUCGACCACCACGACGCAUCCAAGGAAGACCCAACGUCGAUGCCAGCGUCAGCAGGGGCUGCAGACGUGACUUCCCCCGCCAAACGACGAAGAUGCAGGAAGGCCAGGAAGAGCGCUGUCCCCCGCCUGGCGCCGCAUUUUGCACGCAAGGUGGGGCAUGUCGUUUUUCGAGGCAAUGAGAGGUUGCAGGAUGAACGUGCCAGUCGGGGUGACUGGACGGGUGCUACAUCGAUCGACAUCAACACGAUCAUUUCGAGCACCAAGCCCACAAACACUGUCGCAAAGACAGACUCCUGCAUCGAGUCGCUCCCAUGUCAGGGAUCUCACGAUACUCAGUGAUGCACACGAAUCAGGUCAGCAAGAAGAUGAGUGUAUCUAAGAGUACAGGAGCCG